AUGACUCUUGCGAAAUAUACUUUCUUUUUGAUUGCUGUUGACCAAGCAGAGAUUGCAGGACUAGGGCGAGGGUGGGCCUUGGUGCAGAUGCAUGGAUGGGAGAAGGCGUUCUGGAAGACGAGCUGGAGUCUGAAUCAGGCAAUUGGUCGGUGGGCGAGGGAGCUAGGGCGGAUGAGGCAAAUACUAGAGAGGGACGACAGAAGAAGCGUUGGAAGGCGUAUACGCUGGUCCUACCUGGCGAGAGAACAACAGAUGGUGCGUGCAGCGCCUGGUGAUACAUACAGUAGGGGACUCCGCAGCCCCGACCUACUAUGUAGAAAGAGAGUCCUGUACGUAGGCGUGACAAUGGCGGAAAAUAAGGCGUCUGGCGAUGUGAUGGGUCGUCCGAGGCAGACUAGCAGCAAAGACAAGAGCAAAGAAGGCGCCAAGGCCAAGGAGGCGGUUGGAGCUUGUUGCCUCUGCUGGGAUGUCUUGGCGCCUCAAUCAGCGGCGGACGAGGGAGCACGCGCGCGGAUGCAGGCCUGUGGUUGGCGCGGCACCCCAUGGCGGCCAAGAGGAGGGCCAAGACACGCCAAGCAGGCCGGGGUGCUUCGAUAA